AUGUAUAUAUAUGCUGAGCGGCAAAUCUACAAGGCUUCUGGACAAUUCAAAGCGCGAUUGAUGUUUAGAGAAGACGUUACCUCGUCAUCUCGUCACCUCAUCACCUCAUCGUUCGGAAGUCAAAAGGGAUACAGGUCGAUUGUUCGAGAUAAAAUCAAAGCUUUGUUCCACCGACAAAGAAAGGUCAAUGAGAAAGUUGAACGCAAGGCGAGAGAUGUCGAGAUAUGGAAUAUUGGAAGGAAGAUGGAAAGAUGA